UUGGACGAUAUCCAACACGAUGGAACGUACUCUGCCUUUCGCCACUUCAAUAUUUAUCCGAAUCCUGGGCUUCGCGUCAACAAUUAUGGAUCGGUGGGAUUGCCGCUAUCGACUCGAGACGCGGAAAGCAUUGCGCGUCUCUGCAAACAAUCGCCAUUUGGAAAGGGCGCGGAGACGAUCGUGGACACGUCUGUGAGGAAGUCUUGGGAGUUAGAUUGUGGGGAUUUCCAGUGUCAGAAUCCCGCCUGGGCAGUAUUUCUAGACACCCUCGUGGCAAAAACAACCCAAGACCUUGGUGUGCAGGUUCCGUCUCGGGCAGAGCAGUACAAACUACUCCUUUACGAGGAGGGUGCAUUUUUCAAAGCCCACAAGGAUAGCGAAAAAGUACCUGGAAUGUUCGGAACAUUAGUGGUCUGUCUGCCAUCUGAGCAUAGUGGUGGUGAAGUUCACCUAGCCCACAACAAAAAGAAGCGAGUGAUGGAGACCGCACUGGGCUCCAAAUUCGACCUUUCGACUCUUGCAUGGUACUCAGACGUGCAACACGAGAUCAAGCCUAUUGGUUCCGGUUAUCGGUUAGUCAUGACCUACAACCUAGUCCAAGACUUAGGCAUGCCAAGGCAAACAGCUGCGGCGCUUGAUGAUAGCCAUGAUCGCCUGGAACGACUGCUGCAUGUUUGGGGAAAAGACUUUCACUACCUAGACAUGUUUGUGUAUCCACUGGAUCACCAAUACACCGAUGCAGGCCUCUCCCUGAAGAGCUUGAAGGGUCAUGACGCAGUGAGAGGACGAUACCUUCAGCAUCUCUGUACG